GGUUUGACUUGGUGAUUUCAGUUUCAGUUUGCCAUGGUUUCUUUCAUCUAUUGUUAAUGCAACUGAGGGCUUGUUAUGAAAUAUCAUUUUUUAAUCCAACUGAGGGUAAACCCUAAGUUCCUAACUCCUUCGCCGUCAUCGCCGCCAGUGAAAGCGUAGGAAGGAAACGGAAAGAGAAUUUUCCUAAUACACAACUAUUAUCCAUCUCUCCUAAACACCCAAACUCCAAUUCAUCACCCUUGCCGGUGCUUUCUCCCCCUCUUUUCUCUAGAAUACGCUUAGAGACAGUACCAGGACCAGUUUUUUACCCUUCUCUGCCACCCCUCCUCUCUAGAACACAUUGAGAGAGAGAGAGAGAGAGAGAGAGAGAGGAUGAAUCAUAAUCAGCAACCGGGUGAUGGUACGCAUGAAGAUGACGCUGCGCUCUCUGAUUUUCUCGCAUCCUUAAUGGACUACACUCCCACCAUACCAGAUGAGUUGGUCGAGCAUUACCUAGCCAAGAGCGGGUUUCAAUGUCCCGAUGUUCGACUAAUUAGGCUGGUAGCUGUUGCUACGCAGAAGUUUGUAGCUGAGGUUGCAACUGAUGCUCUUCAGCAGUGCAAGGCAAGACAGGCUGCAGUAGUUAAGGACAAAAGGGAUAAGCAGCAAAAGGAUAAGCGCCUAAUAUUGACGAUGGAGGACCUCUCAAGAGCACUGCGUGAGUAUGGCGUGAAUGUGAAGCACCAAGAGUAUUUUGCUGAUAGCCCUUCAACUGGGAUGGAUCCUGCUUCAAGAGAUGAAUGAGCUUUGGGUUGAAUCUAUACUCAAUUCGUUUUUGAAGUCCUAUGAUAUGUAUCGUUUGUGAAAGAAUUGCAAAAUAACUAUGCGAUCUAAGUCUUAUUCUGUCUGAAUGUUGGCCGAAUGGAGAUAUUUUUAAUACCUGGUUCUUCCCGUUGCUUAUUUAUGCCUUUUUUAUUAUUAUUAUUUUUGUGGUUGGGGGGAAAGAAAAAAAAUUGUGUCCGUUCCAUUGUCAUGUUGACUGGGCAGUCUUCGUUUUCUUCAUUCCUUAGUAAUAAGAUUACUUUUAAAUCU